GUGUGAGACCCCCCGGAAGCGGCCGCGAGACGCGAGUCGUGUCCGCCGUUUCCGCCGUUUCCGCCAUGGCGCUGCCACUCUUUGGGCUGCUCUGGGGCCAACUGCAGGUGGCGCAUGUGCUCAAAGACGUGCGAGGCGACCUCUCCACCCUGAGGCUUCUGCCCAGCAUCGCCCUUCUGAGCUCAGCACCGCUGGUGCUGCUGCCGAAGCAGGCUUCCCGGUGGCUGCCUGUGGCAGCCUUUGCCAACGGCCUGUAUCUCCUGGUCCACGGCUCCCGGUCCAACCAUAUCCUUCAGGAUAUCCUGGUGAACCUGACCAUCGUUUUGGCCGCCUGGGGAGGUGCCUUUGAGAAGAACCUGGCCAACGCCCUGCGCUGGUACCUGGUGGUGUUGUAUGCCAUCUCGGCGCUGCACAAGAUGAAUUCGGACUGGUUCGAUCCCCGCGUCUCUUGUGCUGCCAGCGUUAGCGCCACGAUGUUGGCACAGUACGUUCCCUCCCUGGUGCCCCCAGGGAGCUCUCUUUGUCGCUUAAUCCUCCAACAAGCACCUCACGGCGCCGCGGUCUUUGAGGUUCUGCUGCCCGCAGUGCUGCUGCUCGCAGGGCCGCCAGGCAGCCGCUCACCUUGGCAAGGAGCGUGCGCUCGCUUUGGCGUCGUGCUGGGUGCCAUCUUCCACCUAAUGCUUGCUUUGCCCUUGCCCCCUGCCUCCUUCUACCCCUUCAGCGCCAGCUGUUUGGCCCUCUACCCGCUAUUGAUGCCUGAUGCUGUAGCCGGCCUUGCCGCGAUCUGCCCCUCCGGGCUGGCGCAAGCUUUUUGGCUGAUGCUGCCGGGCCUCUCCUUGUCUCUCUGCGCCGCUGCGAAUGUCUCAGGCGCGUGGUCCUCCUGGCUGAAGGGCGGAACCUUUGCCCCGCCUUUCGAGUACCCGCCCUAUGACCUCUACAACGCCGGCGUGUGCUGGUGCUUUGGGGUCACCGCCCUGCUGCUUCUGCUGGCGUUGCUUGGCCCGGGGGCGAGCACAGCACGCGCCAAGGGCAGCUUUGGGCUGGCAUCAAUAGUGGUCAUUGCAGCUGCGCUCUGGCUGGGAUUGGGCCCAUACCUAGGCACCAGGACGUAUCCGGCCUUCGCCAUGUUCUCCAACCUCCGGGUGGAGGCUGCGCCCAACCACUUCUUCCUAGGCGCGGACGUGCUGGGGCUCCAGACGGAUGUGGUGCAGGUCUUGGAGACCAACUCCAGCGCCUUGUUGAACUACCAGGUGGACUUGUCUCAGCUCUACACGCCCCAGACCAGCGAGUACUUCAGAGCCGCAGGGCUGGAGCAGGCUUUAUGGAUUUGCCCGCCCGCCUGGCAGCGCCCGGAGUCGAACUUCCGGGUGUUCAGUGCGCCGGCGGUGGGCCUUUGGCAGCGCCUUCGGUCCGAGUCCGAGACCGGCACCUUGUACGCCCGGGUGCGCCGAGGAGGCGAGGAGCUUCUGGUGACUCGGCGCGAGCAGCUGCGUGGGAGAUGCCGAGAUCGGAUCCCAACUUGGCUGUGCGACUUGGCGCACACCUGGCUGGGCCCAUUCCGAUCCUUCGAGGAAGACCAGAGCGUAUGCCGGCAUUGAAAUGAAUUU